ACCUGGAAUCACACCUGCCCAGUAGCACGGUUCAAGGUGUUUCCAGCUCUGGAAGCGAAGCUUCUCCUCCUGACUGAGAAAUGGACGCCGUGAAGAUCCAGCUGCUCGUGGUGAUCUUCUGUGCUUCGGUGCAAACCUCUCAGGCUCUGUCCUCCGGUGUGGAGGAGGAGAGAGAGUUCUCUCCAGACUGGCAGGACGCGUCGAUGGAGGCGGGUCUGACCCGUCCGAUGGCCGCUUUGAUGAAAAGAUCUAAAGCUCUGCGCUUCUACGGACUCAUGGGGAAACGCUCAGGUCCAAAGACACCUUUUAAAGUGAACAGACGGAACAAAGGCGAGGUGUUCGUGGGCCUGAUGGGCCGAAGCCUUUCCAGUGACGAAUCUUUAAGCAGAGACAUCCCGUCUGCAACCACGACUGUGAGCGACGUCUCGGAGGAACAACACAGGCGAGGUUCCUCCGAGGAAUGGGUCCCCGUCCUGUACUGAUGGAGCGACAAGAACCAAGUACACGUCGUUAUAAGCUAUACAAUUUUACACCAACCAAAGAAAACGUCACCAUACAUCGUACUGUUUGAAAAUACACCCGCUUCAUGCUGACAAUAAUUGUAUUUAGCCCAAACACAAACCACCAUCUUAAAAAUGCACAUUUCUUGAAUGAAAUAAAAAAAUAACAAAAUGUU